GGGCGGUCGGAGGAUGCAGAGGGGCCGGAGCCAGGCGGGCCUGAGGCCGAGGCGCUCGCUGUCCCCCGCUCCUACCCAGUGAGCCACACAAGCUGCCUGACGCGCUGACCCUAGGCUCCUCACUCCCGGGGCCCCCGCAGUGCUGUCCCCCCAUCUGAGGCCGUGUCUCUCUCCGUGGCUCUGCGUGUGACCUCUACUGCCUCCUCCCCGAACCCGAACCUCCGUCGCUGGCUAUGGAGGUGGCGCCCGAGCAGCCGCGCUGGAUGGCUCACCCCGCAGUGCUGAAUGCGCAGCACCCCGACUCGCACCACCCGGGCUUGGCACACAACUACAUGGAGCCUGCGCAGCUGCUGCCUCCCGACGAAGUGGACGUCUUUUUCAACCACCUCGAUUCGCAGGGCAACCCCUACUACGCCAACCCGGCCCACGCACGGGCGCGCGUCUCCUACAGCCCUGCUCACGCCCGCCUGACCGGCGGCCAGAUGUGCCGUCCACACUUGUUGCAUAGCCCGGGGUUGCCCUGGCUGGACGGGGGUAAAGCAGCCCUCUCCGCGGCUGCAGCACACCACCACAACCCCUGGACCGUGAGCCCCUUCUCCAAGACACCGCUGCACCCCUCAGCUGCUGGAGGCCCUGGAGGCCACCUCUCCGUGUACCCAGGGGCGGGGAGUGGGAGCGGGGGAAGCAGUGGGGGCUCUGUCGCCUCCCUUACCCCCACUGCAGCCCACUCUGGCUCCCACCUAUUUGGCUUCCCACCUACACCGCCCAAGGAAGUGUCUCCUGACCCCAGCACCACCGGGGCUGCCUCCCCAGCCUCCUCUUCCGCAGGGGGUAGUGCAGCCCGGGGGGAGGACAAGGAUGGUGUCAAGUACCAAGUUUCACUGGCGGAGAGCAUGAAGAUAGAAAGUGGCAGUCCCCUGCGCCCAGGCCUGGCUGCUGUGGGUACCCAGCCUGCCACACACCACCCCAUUCCCACCUACCCCUCGUAUGUGCCGGCUGCCACCCAUGACUACAGCAGCGGACUUUUCCAUCCUGGAGGCUUCCUAGGUGGCCCUGCCUCCAGCUUCACCCCUAAGCAGCGCAGCAAAGCACGCUCCUGCUCAGAAGGCCGGGAGUGUGUUAACUGUGGGGCCACAGCCACUCCUCUCUGGCGACGAGAUGGCACCGGCCACUACCUGUGCAAUGCCUGCGGGCUCUACCACAAGAUGAAUGGGCAGAACCGACCGCUUAUCAAGCCCAAACGGAGACUGUCAGCUGCCAGGAGAGCGGGCACCUGUUGUGCAAAUUGUCAGACAACCACCACCACCUUAUGGCGCAGAAACGCCAAUGGGGACCCUGUCUGCAAUGCCUGUGGCCUCUACUACAAGCUGCACAAUGUGAAUAGGCCACUGACCAUGAAGAAGGAAGGGAUCCAGACUCGAAACCGGAAGAUGUCCAACAAGUCCAAGAAGACUAAGAAGGGGGCAGAGUGCUUUGAGGAGCUGUCCAAGUGUAUGCAGGAGAAGGCGUCCCCCUUUAGUGCCGCUGCCCUGGCUGGACAUAUGGCACCUGUGGGCCACCUCCCACCCUUCAGCCACUCUGGACACAUCUUGCCUACCCCAACUCCCAUCCAUCCCUCCUCCAGCCUCUCUUUUGGGCACCCCCACCCAUCCAGCAUGGUGACCGCCAUGGGCUAAGGACAGCCCUCCAUGAAUGGACAGAGGGAUGCAGAGGACGGUGGCCUGCAACUCAAGGCUGGGUGCUCCCAGGAUGGGUGGACCAAAACCUGACCUAUCAAUCCUUUCCCAAAGACUGAUGCCUCUCUUGUCAGCCCAGACUGAGCUUGUUGCCUCACCUGUGGGUGCUCUGCUCAGCAGUCACCAGUCACUAAGAAGAUUCUCACUGGGGCUGAGAAGUCAACUCAGCCGAGCUGCUACCCAGGUGGGGUUUCCAUCAUGGUCAAUUGGAGAGCAGAAAGGACAUCUUUACUAAGAAAGAAGGAGGGGGUAGGAAACAAACAAAGGAAAUCAGUUCUAGAAGGAAAAGAGAG